AUGACAAAACAACAACUAUACUUGAAAUAUUACUUGAUUUUAAUAAAAAAUGAUCCAACCAAUUCCAACUUAUACUUUAACCUUGCAAUAACACUUUCAAUUGGUGAAUCAAUCACACUUCAUAACGGUCAAUCAAUGACAAAACAACAACUAUACUUGAAAUCAAUAGAAUGUGAUCCAACCGAUUCCAACUCAUACUAUAACCUUGCAACAAUACUUUCAAGCGGUGAAUCAAUCACACUUCAUAACGGUCAAUCAAUGACACAACAACAACUAUACUUGAAAUCAAUAGAAUGUGAUCCAACCGAUUCCAACUCAUACAAUAACCUUGCAAUAACACUUUCAAUUGGUGAAUCAAUCACACUUCAUAACGGUCAAUCAAUGACAAAACAACAACUAUACUUGAAAUCAAUAGAAUGUGAUCCAACCGAUUCCAACUCAUACUAUAACCUUGCAGGAAGACUUUCAAGCGAAUAUGAUCCAACCGAUUCCAACUCAUACAAUAACCUUGCAACAAUACUUUCAAGCGGUGAAUCAAUCACACUUCAUAACGGUCAAUCAAUGACACAACAACAACUAUACUUGAAAUCAAUAGAAUGUCGUCCAACCAAUUCCCUAUUAUACCAUAACCUUGCAAAUACACUUCCAAGUGGUGAAUCAAUCACACUUCAUAACGGUCAAUCAAUGACAGAACAACAACUAUACUUGAAAUCAAUAGAAUGUGAUCCAACCAAUUCCAAAUCAUAUAAUAACCUUGCAUUAACACUUUCAAUUGGUGAAUCAAUCACACUUCAUAACGGUCAAUCAAUGACAAAACAACAACUAUACUUGAAAUCAAUAGAAUGUGAUCCAACCGAUUCCCUAUUAUACCAUAACCUUGCAGCUACACUUCCAAGUGGUGAAUCAAUCACACUUCAUAAUGGUCAAUCAAUGACACAGCAACAACUAUACUUGAAAUCAAUAGAAUGUGAUCCAACCUAUUCAAAUUCAUAUUAUAGACUUGCAAAUACACUUCCAAGUGGUGAAUCAAUCACACUUCAUAAUGGUCAAUCAAUGACACAGCAACAACUAUACUUGAAAUCAAUAGAAUGUGAUCCAACCUAUUCAAGUUCAUAUUAUAAACUUGCAAACACACUUUCAAGUGGUGAAUCAAUCACACUUCAUAACGGCCAAUCAAUGACACAACAACAACUUUACUUGAAAUCAAUAGAAUGUGAUCCAACCUAUUCAAAUUCAUAUAAUAACCUUGCAGCUACACUUUCAAGUGGUGAAUCAAUCACACUUCAUAAUGGUCAGUCAAUGUCUCAACAACAACUAUACUUGAAAUCAAUAGAAUGCGAUCCAACCGAUUCAAGUUCAUAUAAUAACCUUGCAAACACACUUUCAAGUGGUGAAUCAAUCACACUUCAUAACGGUCAAUCAAUGACACAACACAACUUUACUUGA